CCGGCGACUACUGUAGUCAGCCUGUCUGAACGCGGUCUGCCAUUGAGCGGACUGAGCCUUUGCCUGGAACUUUUUUUCCUUUUUCGGGAUUUCUUUUUACGACACAUCAAACAGGACUGGAAAGGUGAAGUUAUCUCCAACACACAGAUCACAUUCCCCCCUGGUGUGAGGUCAUCUCUGUUUACAUCCCAGUGUAGUAAUUCCAUUUGUGCUGCUCCCAUGACCAAGAUUACCUAAUGUCCCAUAACCUGCCCUUUGGCCUGUUCCAUGUCUGAAAACCGUGACCCACAUCCUUACCUCUACUCAACCCUGGACAGCCGGGAGCUGUCCCGUGAAAGAGUCGGCCUUCAGGUGGAGAAAGGGGAGAUCUCUCCCUGUUCCGCCAUCAGCCAACUUCGCCGCAUGGCCAACAGUUACAACGAGGGUUGUGGCAGGCGGGAUGGAGACGACCUGGAACCAGAGCUGGGUUUGGCCUCGGAGGGCAGCGACAGCAGCCACGAGCGCCCCACCUCGCCAGGUUCCCCCCACGAUGAGCGGAAGCGGACCCACUUGCACGAAGAUGUCGAGAUGGCUUGUUCAAGUGGGAGCGGGACAGAAUCCCAUGGCAACGAAUCUCAUGGUAAUGAGUCCCACGGUAAUGAAUCUGUGGGCAGCUCCAAUGGAAAUGGGAAGGAUUCUGCUCUCCAUACGUCCUCAGGAAGCAACAAGAGCUCCAACUCUCACAGCCCCUCACCGCCAAGCAGCUCCAAUGCCUUCAGUCUGGUGAGCUCCGAGCAGGACAACCCUUCUACCAGUGGAUGCAGCAGCGAACAGUCAGCCAAGGCGAAGACACAGAAGGAGCUUUUCAAGACUCUCAAGGAGCUAAAGAUGCAUCUGCCCCUUGAAAAGCGAAGCAAGGGCAAGUCCACCACCGUCAACACACUCAAAUAUGCACUGCGCUGUGUCAAGCAGGUGAAAGCCAAUGAGGAGUAUUAUCAAAUGCUGAUGACAAAUGACAGUCAACCGCCUGGUUUUGAAGUCUCAUCUUACACCAUUGAGGAAAUAAACAGCAUCACUUCAGAAUACACCCUCAAAAACACUGAUAUAUUUGCCGUGGCCGUUUCACUCAUCACAGGGAAGAUAGUUUAUAUUUCCGAUCAGGCAGCGUCCAUCUUAAACUGCAAGCGGGAAGUGUUCCAUAACGCCAAGUUUGUGGAAUUCCUAACGCCGCAGGACGUCAGCGUGUUCUACAGCUUUACCACGCCGUACCGCUUGCCCUCAUGGAGCAUGUGCACCGGAGCAGAGUCGUCUCCCACGGAGUGCAUGCAGGAGAAGUCCUUCUUUUGCCGCAUCAGUGGUGGAAAAGAGCAUAACGGCGACCUGCAGUACUACCCUUUCCGCAUGACUCCUUACCUGAUGAAAGUCCAAGACGCGGAGCUGUCUGAGGAGCAGUUUUGCUGCCUCCUUCUGGCAGAGAGGGUGCACUCUGGUUAUGAAGCUCCCAGAAUCCCUCAUGACAAGCGCAUUUUCACCACCACACAUACACCUAAUUGUGUUUUCCAGGAUGUGGAUGAGAGGGCUGUUCCACUCUUAGGAUACCUUCCCCAAGACUUGAUUGGGACUCCGGUGCUGCUCAAUCUGCACCCAAAUGACAGACCACUCAUGCUGGCUGUGCAUCGCAGAAUCCUGCAGUGUGCUGGCCAACCAUUUGACCAGUCCUCCAUUCGCUUCUGUACGAGAAACGGCGAAUACAUCACGGUCGACACCAGCUGGUCCAGCUUCGUUAACCCCUGGAGCCGCAAGGUCUCUUUUGUCAUCGGCAGGCACAAAGUCCGCAUGGGUCCUGUGAACGAAGAUGUUUUUGCAGCAAUGGCUUUCAAUGAAGGGAAGAUGAUGGACUCCGACAUCCAGGAAAUUAGUGAACAGAUCCACAGGCUAUUACUACAACCUGUUCAUAACAUGGGCUCCAGCGGUUACGGUAGCCAUGGCAGCAAUGGUUCACAUGAACAACUGGUGAGCAUCAGCUCGUCCAGUGAAAGCAAUGGGAAUGUCAUGGCGGGAAACACAACAGAGGAGACGAGCAAAGCCAAGCCCACACGGACAUUCCAGGAGAUUUGUAAGGGAGUUCACAUGCUGAAGAACCAGGACUCUCAUGUGUGCCUGCGCUCCCCUCCACCCUCGCCUGCUCCCUACCCGUCCAAACCAGAGCAAAAGAAAACAGCUGACGCAGUCGCUCAAAAGAAUUCAAUGGUGCGUCUGAAGGAAUCUGCACACCCUCUGCAGGCCAGAGACAGUAAUGCAGCCAACAUGGACGACUACACUUGCAAAGACCAGACUGUCUGCUCCUACCAGCAGAUUAGCUGCCUUGACAGUGUCAUCCGUUACCUGGAGAGUUGUAACAUCCCCCUCACAGUGAAAAGAAAAUACCAGUUUUCUUCAAAUACCACCUCCACCAAUUCAGAUGAUGACAGAAAGUGUACUGAGGACGAUGCACAAGUGCCUGGGUGUUCCAACACAGAUUCUUUAAUGCUCGACGGCCAGCCUGGACUUUCAAACAUGAAAGCACCAAAGAAACCUCCAUCAGGGGCAGUUGUGGUUGGCGCCCCUCUGGGACCGCUCCCUUUACCCAGCAAGGCUGAAAGCGUUGUGUCAAUCACAUCUCAGUGUAGCUAUAGCAGCACAAUUGUGCAUGUGGGAGACAAGAAGCCUCAACCGGAGUCUGAAAUAAUUGAGGAUGUGGCCGAGAGCCCUGCACCGCCGGCUCCGCCCGUCAGUGUGGUGUCUCCACUUAGCCAGGAGAAGGAAGCCUACAAGAGGCUGGGACUGACCAAGCAGGUACUGGCAGCCCACACACAGAAAGAGGAGCAGGCCUUCCUAAAUCGCUGCCGAGAGCUGCGUAAUGCAAGGACUUUCCAGAAGGACUGUUCCACGCGCCUGCACAAGCAGAAGGGUCCAGACAAUCCUCAAGAAUCUGCUGGACUUUGCGGCGCCGCCAAACAGGGCACCACCAGGCCAGAGACUGUUGCCAAGAAGGGAAACCGCAACAGGAAGUCCAAAAAGCCCCGCAUGAAGCAUCCCGAUUCAUCGGACAGUGCCGUGUCACAUCGCAAACCCCGCCCCCCUCUCCAGGGCCUCAACCAAACAUCCUGGUCCCCGUCGGAGGCGUCCCUGUCGGCUUUCAACGUGUCCUACCCAGCAAUGGUGCCUGCCUACCAGCUCUACCCGCCAGCACCUGCUGCUGCCCCUGCACAGGUCGCCCAUCCUGACCCCACCCUCUCCACUGGCUUUGUGGAGGGCCCGAGCACACAAGCUCCUCCUGCCGCCACUUCCUUUCCCGCCCCCAUUGUUACGCCUAUGGUGGCUUUGGUGCUACCAAAUUACCUCUUCCCUCAACUUGGACCGAUUGGCCAGAUGGGGGCUGCUCCCAGACCAGCGUUUUUCCCGGAGCAGACGCAGACGCAACCUCAGUUUAACGGCCAGCAACCCUUUCAGCCGCCGCAGCCAGCAUACACCAUGCAAUCUCAACCUCCCUUCACCAGUCAACAGAUUUUCCCGGUGCCGACUGCCUUCCCAACUCAGCCACCUUUCCAGCCUCGCCCGCCGGCCUUCACCCCCCAGCAGACCUUUACUCCCCAGCAGACCUUCACUCCCCAGCAGACCUUUACCCCCCAGCAGACCUUUACCCCCCAGCAGACCUUUACCCCCCAGCAGACAUUCACUACCCAGCCAUCUUUCGCUGUGCCGACUCCAUUUGUGGCUCAAGCACCCUAUCCGGCUCAGCCCUUCACUUACAGUCUAAACACACAGCCCCCUAAAGCCGCGGGUGUAGAACCCCGAGAGGGUGCAGCUUCUCGCUCCUCUACCCCUGCAUCAGGUGCACGCGAGCGCACCACAUCAUCGCCGACGCUGUUCGAGUCGCGGUGCAGCUCGCCCCUUCAACUCAAUCUGCUCAGCAUGGAGGAGGGCCAGCGCUCGGUGGAGCGGCAGGACAGCACAGCACCCUCUGCUGGUCUUCAGGGCGCUGGCGGCGUCGCGGCUUCUGUUGCUGCAGUCAAACUUGAAACUCUUCAACAGGAGUAUCCAGAAGAUGGCGCUCGUAGUGACGGUCAUUCCUCAUCAUGUGACCUGCUGAAUAUACUUCUCCAAGAGCAGGAGGACUCCCACUCUGGCACCGGCUCCGCAACCUCUGGCUCCAUGGGCUCGGGAUCAGGAUCUGGAUCGGGCUCAGGUUCAGGCUCCGCUUGCAAUGGCUGUGGCACAUCGGCGAGCGGAGCCUCGGGCAGCAGAACAGGGAGCAGCAACACAAGCAAAUACUUUGGAAGUGUUGACUCAUUGGAACAAGACCCUAAGACCAAGGCCAAAGCCAAGACAAGAGGAACAGGAGACUCUGAUGCAGGCCUAUCACCGGCCAAGAUGUCCGCCAAUGGGGAGGGAGAGCAUUUAAUCAAAUAUGUUCUCCAGGAGCCUCUUUGGCUGCUCAUGGCCAAUGCUGACGACAAGGUCAUGAUGACCUAUCAAAUGCCAUCCAGAGACAUUCAGAAGGUUCUGCGGGAAGACAAGGAAAGACUGAGGCAAAUGCAGAAGAGCCAGCCCCACUUCACCCCAGACCAGCGGCGAGAGCUGCUGGAGGAGCACCCCUGGAUGAGAAGAGGGGGUCUACCAGCUACUAUCAAUGUGAAGGAGUGUCUGUACUGCAAAGACGUUGUGGAGGCCCCCAUCGAAGAGACCCUGCCUGACAUGGACAUGUGCGAGCUGCGGGAGGAGCUGAGCCAAGAGUGCGAGAGCGCUCACAGCCAAUCAGAGGAGCUGAAAGCCAAACUACAUUCUGGCUCCUGAGUUUGUUCAGCACCCAGCAGGGGGACUCACUCCACCAGCCACGGACCCUUAAAAACACUCAUAUUGCAAAUAUGGGACAAAAAAAAAAAAGACCUUGUGCCUGGCCGUGCUCGACACUUGUAAACACACACGAACUGAAGCCGUGUGUGCGUGUGUGACAGACUAGACCGAGGUCGGACCAUGCGAGGCCUUGAGCAGCUGUCUCACACAAACAUUUUCCUCAAGGACAAUGUGAAAACAAUCUCGGGUUAUCUUCUCAAAAACACUCUUUGUUUUCCCCAUCAGGUAUUUGACAGGAUGUUGUCAACAGGGACCUAUGCUUGUACACCCUCACCUACUGUACAUCCACAGUGGACAUGCAGUCUGACUGGAACUUGCCUCAGCAGCGACCAGCCGUUACACAAACUAACCUUAUUUAUUUUCCGCUCCGACAAAGACUCCACUUUUAUCCAGCUACAGCCAAAUGAGUUGAUGGAUGUAUAUUACAGUACAUAUUUCAUGUCGAGGUCACUUUAGCCUUAGCUCGUUUACAUUGGAGCAUACAGCCUCCAAGUAAAGAAGGCAUUUGCAUGCUGUUGGCAAUAUUAUUUUUUCUCGGAAUUGCCAGAUAUUGCAAAAAAAAACAAAACAGGGUGAUGUAUCCACAUGCAACAUGCACUUGGUAGAGGGAAAAAGGGAGUUAUUCACUCCUGAAGAGAGAAUGAUGUAGCUAACAAGGGGACCAUGGGGAAGAAAUAGUGCAAUGACAGACACCCUGCUGGGGCAAGACUUGUGAAUGUAUCCCAGACUGGACCAAGGACGUCUUACUAGCUUAGUUUAGGGGUUUUUCCCCCCCCGCUCGUUCACAUUUUUAUACACUUUUUUUUUUUUUGUUCAUUUUUAUUUGAAGUAAAGCUGGAUUAAACACGUGUUUGUGACAAUUCCAUUGCCCGAUGGACUUGAGGCGCCACGUGCAAUGGAGGGAAUACCGCAGAUGCUCUUUUGUUUCCAUUCCAUGUGGGAGGCGAACACCGUUGGUGUAUAAAAAGAAACACCCACAAUGCAAAUGUGGCUAAAAGAAAUGUUGUUACGCCUUACUGUUUGUUACAAAGAGGGAAGUCAAUAUUUAUUCAAUGACCAGCUGGUGUGUGUGUGAGUGUGUGUGUGUGUGUGUGUGAGAGGAGGCAGCCUGGUCCUGUAAAUGCAUACACACCAUACUGGCACAUAUUGUGUGCGUGUGUGUGUGUUUGGUUGUGUACAUUUGUUCCAUUCCCGUAUGAAUGUAUGAAUCUUGAUGUAUGUAUGAUAUUAUAGUGCAGUUAUGUGCAAUUUUGUAGGAAAGAAUUCGUGUUUGAAACAUGGAAACCGUUGUAAUAAAAUUGCAAAACUAUUGAAA